CCCUUAGAGACAAGUUAUCCAUCUAUACGAGUUUACAGUCAAAGCCACAGUCGAAGGAGCAAGAAAUACGAUAGUUUUGUAUGCCAUAUAUAAUUAUACACGAAUAGAAUAAAUUAGAGGCAUUUUUAACUUGCACGUUCCAAGAGUGGAGCAGACUGACAAAGAAUCCUUUGACACUUGGUCGAGUGUCAUAUAUCGUUCUGAAAAGAGCAUAAAUUUGACAAACAUGUCAACACGAGAGAUUUUGACCAUUCAGUUGGGCCACUAUUCCAAUUUUAUCGGCGCGCAUUGGUGGAAUCUACAGGAGUCUAACUUCACAUACAAUCCGAAAAAUCCAUCCGAGAUAAAUCAUGAUGUAUUGUACAAAGAAGGUGAAAACAUGCAAAAGCAAGUUACGUUCACCCCGAGAUUGUUACUGGUAGAUUUAAAAGGAACACUAGGUUACCUGAACGAGCAGGGAUCUUUAUAUGACCCGGAGCCUUCAGAUAAUCAGCUGCUAUGGGACGAUACAAAGUUGGAGAUUACUAGCGCCGAGUCUAGUCCUAAAACACCUUUCAUUCAGGAUUUGAACAAGCUGGAUAAAAGUACAGAUUCGAAAAUCUACAAUUUUGAAAGUGACGUAAAGUCAUGGGUCGACUAUCUUCUACCGCAAUUCCACCCAAGAACAGUAACAGUUAUCAAGCAGUAUUCGCACAAUUGUACGCAGCGGCCGUUCAAUAUAUUCACGUAUGGUCGCGAUUUAUGGGCUACGGAACAAUUCUCCGACAAUUUUGCAGACAGGAUACGAUCAUACGUAGAGGAGUGUGAUUUAAUGCAAGGAUUUCAGGUACUCAUGGAUUCUACUGAUGGCUUCGCUGGUCUUGGAGCGUCUUGCGUUGAGCAUCUACGCGAUGAGUACGGCAAGAGUAUCUUGGCAUUUCCAUGCCUUGACUUUAACAAUGCUGAGCCCAGUGCGUCGGAUUUGGUUAAAGUUGUCAACACGGCUUUAUGCUGGCAACAUAUCGGAGAGCAUUCGUCGCUUUACAGUCCACUUUCCUGCGGACAAGUCGGCUGGCCAUUCGCCGCCGAUUCUCGUAAAUUUGAAAACAUAACGUACAGUCCGGAACUGAAAUACCACAGCAGCGCGAUAUUAGCGACCGCGUUAGACACAUUGAGCUUGAGAUACAGAACAAAGAGUUAUCAGGGCGCCAGCUUGUCCGAUUUGUGUGCCGAUCUGAACAAGUUGGGUCGCAAAGCCGCGGCGACUAGUCUAAGCCUGCCGUUUCCUAUGAAGAUGAAGAUGGAUUUAAUAGACAUACUGGAUGAAUUCGAAGGAUCUCUAUGGACAAGCCUGACGCCAAGCUGCAACAUACCGAUGAAUAAUAAUAUGCAAAGUAUAGCGUUACGGGGAAUUCCCGAAGACAGAAUAAAGCGACCCAUUGACGAAGCCAGCAAACAAAGAUCCAAACCGGCAUACAGAUGCUCCAGCGUACACGAAAUGAUGACGCUUUAUCUGGCGUGUACAUGUCACGCGUCGGCUACGUACUUAUCCAACAUUGAAGCACCACUGAAAAUUUCUGUACCGUAUCCAAAGAUCUUUAAUAAUAAUGUAACCACGGAUGGAAAUAUCGCCGGCUGGCCCGUAGAAACCAAUGUAAACUCUGUUGCGGUGAUGGCUGGAUUGCACAGUGGGGAUAAUGUCGCGCUAAUGUACGAAUCUUUACUUAAGCAAACCAAAAGGAUAAGAAGUAUCAAGAAACUCCAUGCCUUUACGGAUUCCGGACUCGAGGAAGACGAAUUUACGGAAUGUAUUCAUAAUUUAACUGAUUGUAAAGAAGCGUAUAAGGAUUAUUAUAUCUAAAGAAUGACUGGGCUGUGUAAACACAUUGUUUAUAAUUUCAAUCAUUCUGAUAUUUAUCGCAAUUUGUGAUUAUAUUUGCGAUAUCUUGUACAGUAAAAACUUUCGUAAUAGACUUACAAAAACGCUUAUAGGUGUAAUCUAUAGGAUUAAGAUUCAAAUAACUGUACAUUUAUAUAAAUACAAUUAAUCUAAUUAAUUC